CCAGAUUCACAUCGAAUUUUCAGGGAUUUUGAGCUCGCGACCGCACCAAUUGGACGUCCAAUUUCAAAUAUUGUCACGCGAUUUAGCUUUGCAAAAGAUGAUUUUGGAGAAGAUUUUUUAAGCUCUUGGAAGCCAAGUGCACCGAAAAAAGAUGCUGCAUUAGAUUUUGGCAGUGAGGCCCCAUCGAAAGCUAAAAGAACCAGUUUCUCCUUGGAUAAGUUUGAUGUAGAUUUUGACUUUGAUGGAGGAUUUGGAAAGCUAUCAUUUGAUGUUGACAUGCCAGAUCUUGAUUUUAAAACUCCCCCAAGUAAGACACAAAAAUCAAAAGCGAAGAUUCAAGAAGUUUCCCAAGAAAAGAAAGAUGGUUUUGAAUUUGACUUCAACUUUAAUGAGUUGGAUGGAUUCAAUCUUGAUUGUAUGCUGCCCAAGGGAAGGGAAGAAAAGAAAACUCCUGUACAAGAACAAGCUUUGAGACCCUCUAGUGAAGUGAGUGAAGCUAUCUCCAAAAGCAAGAGUAAUACAGUUGCGGGGAAGGAAGAAAAGGAAAAUGCUGUACACGACAAUGCAUCAAUGCGCUCUAGUGAAAAGAGUGAAAGUGUCUCUAAAAGUACUAUUAAGGCAAUUUCCCAAAAUUGUGAUGACAAUUCUGAAAGCCAUGAUAGUGGAAAAGUACGGCGACAAUUGCCAGAGGCACACUUAAAUUUUAAGCCAUCCAAGCUCAGCACGGAGGAGGUGGAUUCUAAGCAUGGGGUUCCUUCUAAAUAUUCAGCACAGUCACCUUGCACAAGUGGCUCUCAGGAUCUUGGUAGUAAGCAACACAUGCAAACUAAUCCAGAUGAACAAAAUAUUAUGGAUGACAGUUGCUUUAGAAACUUACUACAAACAGGAGAUUCUAAUACUGUGAAACAAAGAUCUAUUCUAACAGAGUCCAAGUACUUUGCAAAGGUUGCAGUUCCUAAAAGUAAAAGCAAGGCAGUCUCCCAAAAUGUUGAUAAUGAGUCUGAAAGACAUGAUAGUAGGGUAGUACCAAAGCAACCAACAGUGGCACAAUCAACGAUAAAGCUAUCUGAGUCGAGCAUGGAAGAUGUAGAUUUUCAAUAUGAGACUCCACCUAAAUCCUUGGCAAAAUCACUUCAUACAAGUGGCCCUAAGGAUGUUCAAAUCAAUCAGUGCAAGCAACCUAAUGGAGACAAGCAGGGUGUUAUAGAAGAUACUUGUUUUGGGAACAAAUUUCAAACAGCUAACGCAAUUAAUGCAAAACAGACAUCUAACCUGACUGAAUCCAAAUACUCUGAUAAGGUUACGUUCUCUAGAAGUGAAAAUACAGUAACCCAUCAAAAUAUUGAUAAUAAUUCUGAAUGCCAUAAUGAUGGAACAAUGCCCAAACAGACAACAGCACCACCCUCCAAUUUAAAGCUGUCCGAGUUCAGCAUUGAAGAUGUUGCUUUGCAAUGCAAGCAAAUUACUACAGAAAAACAAGAUGAUGCGAUGGGCACCUGCUUUGAAAAUGCACUUAAAGCAGGAGAUUCCAAUGCACUGAAACAGACAUCUCAUUGUACUGAAUUCCAGCACUCUGAUAAGGUGGGUUCAUCACCAAGUUCAACUUCUUGCUCGGGUUCUGGACACAAAUUAUCGUCACACAUCAUCUCACCGCCUAAGGGCAUACCUUCAAAGGAUCUUAAAGGAUAUCAAGAUCAGUCCUUAGCUCAAAAUGGUGGUUUCUGCAAAAGGAUGGCAGCUUAUGAUUUAGCCUCCAAGAAUUCAAGCCCCAGGAAGAUUGAACACUCAAAAUGCACUUCUGACAAUUCCACAUCAACCAGCAUUUGCACUGUUGACAGCAAGGAUAUGAAGCAAACCACAGGAAAGCUAGCAACUGUGCCCCAGAAAGAUAUUGAUGAUAUCACUAAAAGACAAGUGAACCAAUGCCAGAAUCAAGAAGAUUUUGGUGAAUAUAAAAGUAGACUGCCUAGAACUCUUUCAGUAAUUCAAAGAGAAAUUACAAGCCAAAGAUCUAUCACAUCAAAGAGCAUUACCGAUCAAAAUAGAAAACAAGAAUUUAAUGCAAUGACCACCGAGGAAUCAGAUUCACUGAAACAUUCAGAAGAAAGGCAUUGUCUACCUGGAGAUGCAAAGAUCAAUAGCUCUUCUGUUCCUAUAAAAAACUGUUUAUUCCAUUGUACUGAGCCUUCUCCAGUUUCCACUCAGCAGCUUUUGAGGCAUAGUGAUAUCAAUCUAUCACUUCAACAAAAUGAACAACAUGAUAGCAUAAUAAAAUGUCAGGAUCCUGGAAUAGAACUGCGUACAGAUUUACAGGAGAUAGAUAAAUUGGUAAUAAAUUCUAUUUCCGUGAAAUCCAAAGAUGUUUCUCCUGGAGGGAAAAAGGAUACAAUUGACAAUAAUUAUACAACUUCAAGACCUCGAGAGAACUUUUUGCAGGGAUUGAGAAAACAAUGCCAAAACACAUCUUUGGCUAAAGAUGUAGAUAAGGUGGCAACAGAAAGAAAUUCUUCUGCUGCACAGUCAAAGACCCAACAUACUCCUCAGAAAGACCUUUCUGAAGUUGCCAAGACUAAUGAAACUAAAAUUAGAGCUGGAAAGGAUUUACUUGGGGAGAAUUCUAAAGCUAUAAUUAGUGCAACAAAAUUGGCAUCUGUUGUGAUCCCCUUGAAACCCUCAAAAAAUCUUCCUACCUUGCAGGUUUCCAGGCCCCAGGUAGCAAAUGGAAAACCAAAGACUGUCUUAAAGCAGACAAAUGAAAGACUGUCUUCCUCAAAGCUAACGAUAAGCCUCUCUCCAAAUAGGCCUCUCGCCAAGAAGAUCUUGCCUUUAACUGAGCUGAACAAUACACCAUCGUCUCCUCUGCCACCACUGAAAAGAAAGCCAAUGGAGGUCUGUUUUAACUUUAAGAUAUCUUAUUCUAGCGAUGCCUAUUUGUGUGGAAAUAAUUCUUUGAAUAACAUAAUGUAGAUUGGAAUUAUAUAAAUGUAAUAGUGUAAGUAUGGCAUUAUUAUAUCAUGCCUAUAAUUUUUGUACGCUAUAA